UUCAGCAAAAUCUUUUACUCAUCUUAAAUCUACAUGUGAUGCGUUUUUUACCUAAUUUAAGUGUCCUAGAUAGACUAUGCUAUGAACUGUGCUAUGCAUAAACUAGUGUUAGUCCCUCCAAAACCAAAUGCAUUUUUUAAGGCUAUCCUUCUAUCACAUUUUUUCCAUUCUUGACUAUGUACAGGUAUGAAGUUGAUGUCAGUUUCUUCAGAUGAUUCAAAGUUUAUCGUGGGGGGUAGAACACCUUCUUGUACUGCCUUCACUGUGAAAAUAGCUUCUAGGUUUCCUGCAGCUCCUAAUAAGUGGCCAUGGGCUCCUUUGGUUGAUGAUACAGCUAUAUUUUUGACAUUAUCUUUGACUAGUAACUUUAUGGCUUUGGUCUCAAUGUUAUCACCUAAAGGAGUUGAUGUAGCAUGUGCAUUGAUGUAUGUGAUUGCAUUUACAUCUAUUUUAGCAUCUGAUAUUGCUCGUUUCAUAGCUAAUAGUGCUCCAGUCCCAUCAGCUUUUGGUGCUGUUAAGUGUGAAGCAUCACCAGAUAAACCAUACCCUAAAAUCUCUGCAUGUAUAGGAGCAUUACGUUUUAACGCAUGAUGGAGCUCUUCCAGCACUAAUAUGGCACUACCUUCACCCAUCACAAACCCAUCUCUUUUUUUAUCAAAAGGUCUGGAUGCCUUCUCAGGUUCAUCAUUGAAAGAGGUACAUAAUGCUCUGAGCCUACAAAAUCCUGCUAUUGAUAUUGGUGAAAUGCAAGCUUCUGUUCCACCACACACCAUUGCAUCAGCAUCUCCAUUCUUUAUAAAUCUAAAAGAGUCACCUAUAGCAUGUGCUCCUGUGGCACAAGCUGUGGAUACUGAGUGGUUAGGGCCCCUGAAACCAUACUUGAUGCUAAUCUGACCAGCAGCCAUGUUGGGUAAGAUCCUGGGGACAAAAAAUGGGCUAACAUGAUGGUAGCCCUUCUUUAAAUUCUCAUAUGUGUUGCAGAUAUCUGUUAAAUCUACCAUUCCCAUACCAACUGCUACACCAAUGUUCUGUUUGUCAUCUUCAGGUAGAUCUGCUAGUUUUGCAUUAUCUAUUGCUUCUUGGGCUGCUAUUAAAGCAAAACCAGUGGCUGGGGCCAUGGUCUUUAACUCUGAUUUCUUGAAAAACGUUGUCAGGUCUAUUCGGGAACCCUGUCGUUUGGCAAAACCGGCUACUUUGCAUGGUAGAGUUGCGUAUUCUUCCCCAGUCAACUUUGUUAUACCGGACUGUCCUGCAACAAUCGCCCGCCAGGCUUCUGAAACGCCUGUUCCCACAGGUGACACCACACCUAAGCCUGUGACCACUACGCGCCGGUGCAUUAGGUUUAUAUAAAGGGUAUCUCUGAAAAAUGCUAAUCUUUUAAUCUUAUAAAAUUAAAUAAAAGAUAUAAUAAAAAAGUGAGGUUAAGUGGAAUGUCAGUGUCGCUGGCCUUUCUUGUAAGAGGAAUGCGUUCAGAAAUGGGCUUAUAUUCUGUUGAAAUCAAAAUGGGAUACUUGUGAAUGAAGGUCUGCCAUUUUUGAUCGGAUAUUGACAAAUCAAUACAAGCUUAAAUUAUCAUGUGCUUUCUAAUUAUGACGUAAUUUGGAUGAAAAAUCCUCACCACGUGUUUAAACGACUUACGCAGUGUGUAGCGGAACGCACUUUAAAAUUGUAUUUGCUAGAUGACAGAAAAAUGUAUCACUCAGUUGUCACGUUGACAUUUCCAUAUUUACACCAUUUUUAAAAGUGGUUAGCUUUGUAAUGUAUAAUUUUUAAGUGUAUCUGGAUUUUUAAGUUAUAUGUUGUCUGAAAUUUAGUUCUUGAAAGUUUACUUAUCAUGGGAGAGAAUUCCCAGAGUCGUUUUGAGAAAUCUCUUGGUUUGCUGACGACCAAAUUUGUUGGACUGCUCCAAAGAUCCACUGGCGGGGUCUUGGAUUUGAAAUUGGCUGCGGAUUUGCUGGCUGUCAGACAGAAGAGAAGAAUCUACGAUAUUACAAAUGUGCUGGAAGGUAUUGGACUCAUAGAGAAAAAAAGCAAAAACAGUAUUCAAUGGAAGCCCUAUAGCAGCAAUAAGCAAUUACCAAACAACCAAGAAUUCUCAACCAAGGUUGAUGAGCUCAAGCAGGAACUUCAUAGGCUCAAUGAAUAUGAGAAUGAUUUGGAUUUACAUAAAUUUUUGAUAGACCAAAGCAUACGCAAUACAACAGAAGAUCUAGAAACUAAAAAAUAUCUCUAUAUCACUAAUGAGGAUCUGCGAAAAUUGUACGAUAGUGAGGACCGAGUAAUAGUUAUUAAUGCUUCACUCCAUACCAGUCAAUUUCGAUUUCAGAAUGAAAAUGAUGGUAACAGCUUCAGGUUUGGAGUGAAGUCUUCUUCACCAGUAGUAGCUAGUGUGCUCCAGCCCGAUGUAGAGACAGAUAGUAUUAGGUUAUCAAGAAAACGACUCUAUAGUGAUAGUAUUUCGGUAAAAGACCCUGAAGAUGUUAGAAUAAAAAAGACUCACUUAGAUGACGAUCCAGAUGUAAUUGCAGCUGGGAUAUUGUUCAAGAGGCCGCCGAGAAAUUGUCAUGAUGUUUUUAGCGAAGAUAAUAUUCACGAACGUAAGGAGACAUGCAAUGUUUUUACCAUUUAUGUCCUAGUCUGACUGACCGCCAUAUUAACAAAAAUCGGAUAUAGACUAAUUUGGAUACAAAAGGUAGCUGUAACCACCAUCUUCAGUUGAUGUUCUUUCCUUGUGGCUGACAAUAAACAAUUCGAAAAUCUCACUCAUCACAACAAUAAUCUCUCCUUGAGUUAUUUAAAAACUACAUUAAAAUAUAGGUGGUCUGUAGAAGCAAAUAUUUUCAUAUUUAAAAACCAC